AUGGAUGACUUCGACAUCGAGAUGGGCGAUGCUGUCGACGUGCCAAUGGAAGAGCACGAGGUUGCGGACAUAUUAGUCGGCGACGAUCAACAGGAGGAUGGCGAGGUCGAGGAGCCUAUCAACAACGAGGCAGUAGGCGACGAUACGCCAACCAUCCUACCAAACAAAAUCCACAUCCGGGGUCUCGAAGUGCUGGACGAAACCCAACUCAAGCAGUACGUCUCUGCACACGUCGGAGGGAAAGGCGCCGACCGCAUCGAGUGGGUGGACGACGCCUCUGCCAACCUUGUCUUCAACUCCGAAUCUGCCGCUCAGGACGCCUUCAAACUCCUCGCGGCCGUCGAGAUUCUGGAUGUGACCCAACUCCCGCCCCUCGAAGUUCUGCCAGCCAAGCCCAUCGCCGAGAAGCCAGAGGUCGCGCUGCAGGUGCGUUUCGCCCUGGAAUCCGACAGAAAAGUCAAGGGCGCGGCGCAGAGAAGCAGGUUCUACCUCUUCCACCCUGAGUGGGACCCAGAGACCGAGGAAGGCAAGCGCCGGCGCGAGGGCCGAGAUCGGAGAUAUCGUGACCGCGAGGACCGGGGAGGGUACCGUCGAAGUGGAAGAGGCAGGUACGACGACCGCAACGAGGAAGAGCCUGAGACUUUCGAUGUCAGCCUCUACGAUGACGAUACGGGUGCGCUCGCUCGACGUGUAACACCGAGGGAACGACGACGACGUGAUUCACGAUCACCAUCAGAGCCAGCAGACUCGGACCGGUACAAACCACUCAACGCCGGCAAGGAGCUCUUCCCAAACAAGAAGCCCAGGGAUGCGCUUCGUUCAGAGCGGGGAGCACACUCUCGCGAUCGGUCUCGGUCUCCGGCCCGGGAUGAGCGGGACGCGAUGAUGGAUGAUCUUGCGAAGGACAGGGAGGUACAGCGCAAUCGCGAUACGGCGCGGUCACUUAAGGAGCGCAUUUCCAGGCCCAGGUCUAGCAACGCGAGAGAACUGUUCCCCAACAAGGUAUCGAACGGUAGCAAGGCACAGAUGGACCAGGUGCCCGCAGAUGUGCUAGCCGGUAUGCUACGACUUUCCUACGAUGGCAGUGCCGAGUUCCCCUGUUCUUUCUCUGCGUUUCGUUCUCGGCACACACCAAGCCAAAGUAUCAAGAUGGUAACCCUCAAAUUUGCAGAUCGCGUAACGGAAACCAGCAACGGAAUCUCAAUCAAGGGUCUGGCACGCCAGCCCAAUCCACAACAGGGAAUCUCGAUCAAGGGCAGCGCGAUCAAGAAGGAAUUGUUCCCGGACAAACUUGGCGGGAGCCUCAACUCCGGCAAGGAGCUCUUUGCUGACAAGCUCGAGGGCCGGGGUCGCAGGCGUCAAAAGGCAGAGGACCUGUACUUCUGA